CGUAGACCACGUAACCCCGAUUCCUCGGAGCGUCGCACUGUUUCACCGUGUUUGUAGCCAGUGUGUCCAGUCACACUUACUGGGGAUAGACUGGGGAAGGUAAGCGGCGGAGAGGAAGGGGGAACUUCAGCGCCGCUCCGAAAUGGCCGGGCAGCAGUUCCAGUAUGAUGACAGUGGCAACACGUUUUUCUACUUUCUAACGUCCUUCGUUGGACUCAUUGUCAUCCCGGCCACCUACUACCUGUGGCCGAAGGAUCAGAAUGCGGAGCAACUUCGGCUGAAGUCGCUGCGGCGGGUGCACGGGAGGUGCCUGUGGUACCGUCUGCGCCUCCUGAAAUCUCAGCAGAGCAUCGUCCCGACUCUGAAAAAAGUGGCCUUGUUGUUCGGAUGGGCUGUUUUUUUGUUCCUCGCCUAUAAAGUUUCUAAAUUAGACAGGGAAUACCAGGAGUACAAUCCUUAUGAAGUCCUAAAUCUGCACGCGGGCGCGAAUAUCGCCGAAAUCAAGAAACAGUACCGCGUGCUCUCGCUCAAGUACCAUCCCGACAAGGGCGGGGACGAGGCCAUGUUCAUGAGGAUCGCCAAGGCCUACUCCGCGUUAACCAACGAGGAGUCCAGGCAGAACUGGGAGCUGUACGGGAAUCCAGACGGACCCAGGGCUACAAGCUUUGGCAUUGCCCUGCCGGCCUGGAUUGUGGACCAGAAGAACUCCAUGGUGGUGCUCCUCGUCUACGGGCUCGCUUUCAUGGUCAUCCUUCCUGUGGUGGUGGGCACAUGGUGGUACCGGUCCAUACGCUACAGCGGAGACCAGAUCCUCAUCAACACCACGCAGCUCUUCAUGCACUUCAUGUACAAGACCCCCAACAUGAACAUGAAGCGGCUGACGAUGGUGCUGACGGCGGCGUUCGAGUUCGACCCGCGGAGCAACAAGGAGGCGACGAUCCGUCCCACCGACAACAUCGAAGUGCCGCAGCUGAUCCGGGAGCUGGGCAACAUCAACGUGAAGAAGAAGGAGCCGCCCUUCUGCUACCCGUACAGCCUGAAGGCCCGCGUGCUGGUCCUCUCCCACCUGGCCCGCAUGGAUGUGUCCGAGGACAUCGAGGAAGAUCAGAGGUUCGUGGUGAGGAAGAGCCCCGCCCUGCUGCAGGAGAUGGUGAACGUGGGCUGUCAGCUGACCAUGAUGGCCAAUAGCAGAGGAGGGUUCCACGCCCCUCGCCUGGUCUCCAUAGAGAACUGCAUGAAGCUGACCCAGAUGAUCGUGCAGGGCCUGCAGGAGUCCAAGUCUCCCCUCCUCCAGCUGCCGCACUUCGAGGAGGAGCACCUGCGUUACUGCAUCUCCAAGAAGUAUAAGGUGCGCAGCCUGCAGGACCUGGUGAGCCUGAAGGAGUCGGACCGCCGCAGCAUGCUGCGCUUCCUGGGGGAGGAGAAGUACGACGAGGUCAUGGGCGUCCUGGGCAGCUUCCCGCACAUCACCAUGGAGACCAAGCUGCAGGUGCUUGAUGACGAGGACAGCAAUAACAUCACUGCAGGGUCUAUUGUGACAGUGACCGUCACCCUGACAAGAAAAACAAUGGCGGACGUGUUUGAGAAGGAGCAGGACCUGCCGUGUCCCGGGGAGGACGCCCCCUCAGAGGAGGCGGGCGAUGCCAGCAAAAACAAGACCAAAGUCUGGCAGAACAAGAACAAAGGCGCGAAGAAGGCGGCCAAGUCGAAGAAGAAGAAGCUGACGAAGAAGAAGGGCAUGAGCCAGCAGCAGCAGCAGCAGCAGCAGCAGCAGAAGGCCGACAAGCAGAAGCAGGCUAAUGGGAACGUAGCGGGCAACGAGGCGGCCCCCGCCGCCGCCGCCAAAGAGGAAGACGAGGACGCGUCGGACAAGGGCAGCGACUCGGACGAGGGCGAGGCCACCAAGGACUCCCCCAGCGAGCGGGACGAGGAGAGCGACAAGCAGAGCGACACGGAGGUGGACGAGAUGGGCGGGGACGACGAGGAGGAAUGGGAGGCUCUGCAGCAGAGCAUUCAGCGCAGGGAGAGGGCUCUUCUGGAGACCAAAUCGAAGAUCACACACCCCGUGUACAGCCUUUACUUUCCUGAGGAGAAGCAGGAAUGGUGGUGGCUGUAUAUUGCAGACAGGAAAGAGCAGACGCUGGUGUCGAUGCCGUAUCAUGUCUGCACUCUCAAAGACACAGAAGAGGUGGAAUUGAAAUUCCCUGCUCCAUCAAAAACCGGAAACUAUCAGUAUUCUGUGAUUUUGAGAUCGGAUUCUUUUAUGGGGUUAGAUCAGAUUAAGCCAUUAAAGCUGGAGGUCCAUGAGGCCAAGCAGAUGCCGGACAACCACCCGCAGUGGGACAUCCCGGAGACAGAGGAGGAAGAGGAGGACCAGGAAGACAGCGACGGAAUUGAAGAGAGCGAGGACGAAGACGAGGACAACGACUAGCCCUGUGAAAACAACGGACUGCCCCCCUGCCCCACUCCCCUUCCCUCCCCCACACCCCCCCAAAUUCCUUCCCCUCGCUCACCUCUUACCCCCACCAGUCACCACCUGACCCACAGCCACCCGCCCAACGCACCUGACUCACCUGACGGUUGUGACGAGAACGACCCACCCAGUCCCCCCCCCCGCAGAGUUCCACGUGGGGGGAUCUCUGACACUCUGCCUCUUCUUUAAAUUACUGAAACAGAGGAAAGAAAAACCCCAGUCCAGACCCCAGUGAGUCUGAAGUGCUGGUUGUUGAAUGUGUCCGGAUGUGGAGCAGGCGCAGUGCAUUGUGGGAUAUCUCCCCCUCACCAAGAGGCCACAGACACAUUCAGCCCAGGCCCCUCCCUCACGAGCUUGCCUCCUCUGUGAUCUUUGGAGGUGCAGGUGGAGCUACCUGUGGCCCCGCCUCCUUUAUAGAAAUAAAAAAGGAACUGGCCUGUAAAAAAAAAAAAAAAAAAUUUAUUUUUAUUUUUUUCUUUUUUUUUUGAGAGGGGAAGAAGGUUGAAUUUUUAUUUUGUAGUUUUAGUGUUCGACAGGUCUGUUUAAAAGUGGAAAUAAUGUGAGCCAGUUGCUUUAAAAAAAAAAAAAAAAAAAGUUAAAUGUUGUCUGUUUGGAUUUCUAGAGGGUUUUCUGACUGUAGAUCGUUGUGUUUUCACAGCACGUAUGACUAAAACUGCGUUCCGUUAAAUCAUGGGAGUGCCGACGCCCCAGGCUCCGUUUCUGUCCGAUGCUUUUCUCUGGAGAUUCACGAAAAGAGCCAGGAACAGUUCAUUCCCCAUCAGCAGGUCUUGGCACUUUACUUUACUCUUCUAUUCUUAUUUUAAGACUUUAAAGUGGACAUUCCACCAUGGACCCCAUUUUCUUGUGAUCAGAAUCCCCAAGCACACCCCCUCCCGCCCCCGCCCCCACACCUUAGGACUGUAAAGAUCCAGUCUGUAAUAGCUGUGGCUCCUCACAGGCUCAUCUUCGGUUUUCAGUGCUUCUGUAUGUGGAAAUCUUUUGAAAUCUUUUUUAUUUUAUUUUAUUUUAUUUUGACGCCGUGUUACUAAUUCAGCAUCGUUUGGAAUCGUCGGAAGCUGAACGGAACUAACAGUCCCUUAACGGUUGAGACCUGUCAGCAAAAAAAAAAAAGUUCUGUUCAAGCUUUCCUAAAAUUAGGCGCCGCUCGACUUCAGCUCGAUAGGCGAACGAACGAACGAACGAACGAACGAACGAACGAACGAACGAAAAGCUCGCAGAGCCAGCGGACGUCGACGUCUCUGCCGUCUCCCUUCAGGCUUUUCAAAGUUUGGGGAGUGUUUUUUUUUGUGGGGUAGGUGGGGGGGGUGGGGGCUGUGCCGUGUGGUGUGACUGCUUUCGGUUUAUCGUCGGCACGUCCCGUCCCGUCCCUAAAAUGUCUGAGAAGCGCGCGCGGGCAGGUGUGGUUCGCCGCGGGAGCGCGUUCCAACCAGACCCUUCAUCUGCAAUGCCUUAUAGAAUCGCAAGAUUACCACACCCCCCAGUGUGUGAAAGUCACAUGUACAAAGCCACCUGUUUAGGAGAUUUGAACCCCUCCAUCCCCUCCCCCCCCCCCCACUGAAUUUUUUUGCCUUCAUUUCAGUUUUUAAUAAUCCAAACUGUGUCGUGCUCUUCAUAACGGUGGUCAGAUAAUUCAUAAACGAGCCCUAGUAACUGCGUGGUGAGCAGUGGACACUGGAGAAGUGGGCCUUUAAGGGACGUGUAAGGAAAACUGCCUUAUCGGUCUCAAGCUGCUUUUUAGGUUGAGUUCAAGGCACAGGCUAGCAGAAGAGUGUGAGACUGCGGGCAGCACUUCGGCAGUCAGAGAACGCAAACAGUACCUAACACUUCACCAGUCUCGCCCCCAGUAUAACGACCAGCCCCACUGGUCCGUAUCGUGUGAGCUUCUUUCACCAGGAGUUCACUAUUGUGGUUUGGGGG